UAGAUAAUCUAUUAAAAAAGAAUGAGUAUUAUUUAUCCAAAAAACGAUGAGUAUCGCAUGAGCUAUGAUCCUUUUGCAAAUAUGAAGUAUUGUAUAACCUUACAUGGAUUUGAUGGAUACAAAAAAUAUUUUUGGCACACAGCAGGAUUCUUAAAAACUCUUAUUCUUAUUUGUAGAACAAUUUAUGCAUAUCAGACUUUAAGUGAACCGAAAAAACUUGCUGAAAUGGUUGCAACUUAUCCAGUAAGGUUUAUGGCUGUCAUAAAAAUGCAUGUAUUAUUUUUUAAUAAAAAACGUGUUGAUUAUUUCUACGAAACAGUAACCAAAGAAUUUUGGGAUUUUAAUAUAGCCGGUCCUAUUGUUGAAAAACGGAUUAAAAGAAGAUUCUUCAUAGUUAAUAUAACUGUCUUAUCUCAUUUUUGUUUAGCUAUAUUUGUUCUUGUAAUAUUUGUAGCAUUUCCUCUAGUGGAGAUGCCUGCGGGAAAAAGACCUCUGCCAAACAUCAUUUGGACACCCUUUGAUACCAACCCUAGUCCUCUAUACGAAAUCAUAUACGCAGUGCUGCUUUGGAAUCUAUUACUCUCCAUUUUGGGUAACGCUUUUUAUGAUGUUGUGUACUUUUAUAGCCUUCAACAUCUUUUUGUUCAAUAUAUUUUGUUAAAAGAGUUAAUUAAAAAUGUAACCUCUGGAAUCAUGGAAGGAAGCUCAGAUUUAGAAAAAUUUAAUUCUGACUAUUUUCAAAAUAAGGUUUAUGGAAGGUUGAAAAUAUGCGUGGAACAUCAUGUAAAACUACUAAAAUAUGGGAAAAAUAUAGAACUGUUUACUUCUCAAGUUUUAGUACCACAGUUGAUAAUGAGUUACGCUGUUUUGGUAAUCAAUGGAUACAUAAUUAGCGUGGAUCACACUGAUUUUACGAAAACCCUUGGGCUUUUUAAUCUAACAGCUAGUUGUAUGGUUCAACUAGCACUGUUCGCCAUUCAAGCAUCCGAUUUAAAGACUCAAAGUCUCUCUGUUAUUGACUCCAUCUGUGAUUCUGAAUGGUACCUAUUUAGAGUUAGAAUCAAAAAAGCUCUAAUAUACAUGAUGAUGAAUACAAAUAAAGGCAUUGUUAUUAAUGCUGGUGGAAUGGCAGAUGUUGAUAAUGAAGUUUUGGUAUCCGUAAUUCAAAAAGCUGCGUCAGCAAUUACACUUUUAAGGGCUUUAAUUUCUGAUGAAGGGAAAAACUAGCUUAUGUUGGUAAAUAUUGAAGAGCUUUUUAAAAAAGUUACUACAGGUUUUACAUAGAAGCUGUAUCUUUAAAAGUUAAAUAAAUAGUAGGUCUGCAUAUUACACAAAUUGUUCUUAUUUUAUUUCUAUUAGUGGGAUUCAGAAAAUCUUAAUGGUCUUAAUGGUUUCAAAUAACGAAAAAGCAGGUAACUUCUUUAUAAACAUUUAUUUCUUUAACCAUUUAAAACAUUUGAAAGUAUUAAUUACAGUUUUAUACGCAGUUACAGCUAUUUCUUCUGCAGUAUCCGGAAUGUUUACCAUUUACAACACAUGUAAGUCUGCAGAUUUGUUGGUCGCAGCUUACUUUUAUUCCCUUCUUGGAUAGCAAAUUAUC